AUGGAUAGGCAGCAUAAUAGGUUGGAUUAUAGAAGCUACCUUAUGAAAGUGUUGGAAACUGGAAUAAUAUGUGGUUAUAGUGAAGAUUCUAAUGAUUUAGAACCUGAAAUCAAAAUUCAAAAAUAUGAAAGCUCUGAUGAAGAAUCUUUUAUUCUCAAUAAUAGUUCAGAAUAUUUCAAUUCAGAUAAUGACACAAGAAUCUCUGGAUCUACCUCAACGAUUUGUGGUAAUUCAGAAUACGUCGUCUCUUGUCCCAACGAAGAAAAAACUAUCGAAAUAUAUAAAGAAGAUUAUAUACCGGAGAAGCCAAAAUUUAUUUUGGCUGCUGUAAAUUUACCAAUUAAAAGCAAUAUAUCAAAAAAUUCUGAUGAUUCAUUAAGUACAACAGAUGCCGAUCCAGAAGCAUUUCCUCAAGAUGAGGUUGUGAGUAAUAAUGAAGUAAUUGAUAAAGAAUAUGGUUUCUUUUAUUGUCCAGAAUGUUUUAAACGUUAUAAACGUAUUGAAUCAUUAAGAUAUCAUUAUUUAUCUCAUACUGGUGUACCAGCACCAUAUCAAUGUUCAAUUUGUCAUAAAGGUUUUCCAUCAGCCUAUAAAGUUAGAAUUCAUUUUACGAAACAUACUGGUGAAAGACCAUUUAGAUGUCAUUUAUGUCCAAGAUCAUGA